GAGGAGGAGAAGGAGGAAGAAGAAGAAGAAGAAGAAGAAGACUCGGCCUGGCAUGUGGUCGCCGUCUGACCUGCAGCUAGCGCCAAGCCGUCGGCUUGGCUCAAAUCUGAAACCUCUCACAGUCGUCUCUCGCGUUCACGAUCCGGAGAGAGAGGGGGAGGAGGAGGAGGAGGAGGAGAGGAGGAGGAAGAAGAAGAAGAAGAAGACUCGGCCUGGCAUGUGGUCGCCGUCAGACCUGCAACUAGCGCCAAGCCGUCGGCUUGGCUCAAAUCUAAAACCUCUCACAAUCGUCUCUCGCGUUCACGAUCCGGAGAGAGGAGGAGGAGGAGGAGGAGGAGGAGGAGUGGGGCAUGCAGCGGGCAAUCGAACGGUUUUCCCUGCUUCUCGCUCUCACCGACACGCGCGGAUCCGCGCAUGCUGCACGAACGCUGGUGCACCUUCUGCGCGCGCAACAAACUCUCCUAGAGCGUGCAAACCACGCGAAAGCAUGAAGGUUGCUGAUUUGUGAAUAUCACUUGUACUCUGCUGCGCACGCGCAACGGCAUCCAUGCCCGUCGUUAGCGAACAGGGCAGUCGCAAUGCACCUCGGAAGAUGGUACGUAUGUAUACCAAGCCAUGAACUGUCUUACUCCAUAUUGGAUAUCGGUUGAACCUUCCAGAUAAAAAGACGCCGUGGAGGGAGCUCUGCUUGCAUCAGGCGAUGCCCAACUGCCAGCGAGAAAACACUGCAGACCUUGCUGAAUCCUGAAUACCACAUAGGAAGGAUCAACGUGCCCACGCAUUGCAGAUUCGGCCUCCGCGAUUGUUCUCAGAAGGAAAUCCUUGGAGCCGCCCGACACGUUCAAGCUCGACCGCCUGAAGAAAUCGUUCGCAAAUGCCGACAUGCUCCUCAUAUUUUCCGUGUAAGUGGUCAGGUAAUGGGCGGGAAUCAACCUCGCUGGGCCCGUCUUCGUCCUGGCUCCCCUCUAAUGGGCGGGAAUCAACCUCGCUGCGCCCGUCUUCGUCCUGGUUCCCCUCAUCCCCCUCCAGAGCUCGAAUGGCAAGUUCCUGCAUGCCACGCAGGGUGGUUCUGACACUUUCGGACAAAUCCCAUCUGGGUCCGCCCCCUCUGGAAUCCAAGGGCCACUGUAAAGUGUCACGCGCGACCUGAGGAGCGCCAGCUGGCGCCACCACACCGAGAUCAAGAAUAUGAAAAGAAGGAUACCUGUACCAGCAAUCCUCGCUCUUGCCAGGCGAGCUCUUGAUCUGCAACAGCCGCGCCAUGCAACCUUUCGACAUGUGAUAGUACAUCGUCUUUCCAGCAACUGCAAACAAUUCGGGCCCCCUGCCAACUGUUUUGAAAUAGCGGACCCCAUCUUGGGCGUCCUCAAUCUGUUCUUCCACACCCCCAGAUGUACGCUCACCUUUGGCCGUGCAAUUGAGCUUCAACCAAUCCCAGGUAGUCUCGAAGCCAUGCGCAACUACGCACUCGCCUUCCCAAUUAGUGUAGCACCACCGGGCCAGCAUGCCCGUGGACUUUGCAUCUGUUCUCCGCUGGGCCUCCGCGAACACGCCCGCCUGCCAAUCGUCCGGUGAGCUCAUGCCAGGCUUUGGAAGCUGUGGACACUCGGGAACAUGCUAGUGAUUGCCAUUAUCGGAUCACGCUGGCCUCGACGACCUACGCGGCU